AUUACUGCAACUUCUCUCUAACUUAGGAAAAGUUGCGCAGUCUGCUCAGUGCUUUGCAAAGCGCUUCAGUCCCCUCACAACCAACCACCCAGCUCUUCCACUUCUCCUACCCUGCUUCGCUUUAUCAUGCAUUACAGCCAUGUUCCCCAUCUGCUCUUCUCUCUGCUCUGCAUCGGACUGACUGCCCAGUCUGAGCUGGAGACGGAUGAAGUGGUUCCCAGGCUGCUGUCUGCGCAGGAGGCGCACCUGUCCUCUGACCAUACUGUCCGCACGCUGCGCCACCGGGGUCAGCGCUCCCUGGACGCCCCUGGGGCAGGACCCUCUGACCCGGAUCGUAUAAUUCUGUCACUGCCCGCUUUUGGAAGGGAACUGUAUUUAAAUCUGACGCGGGACAGCAAGUUUCUGUCGGGGGACUUCGUGGUGGAGGAGAGGCGCAGGGACCAGAGCGCAGCGGAGAGCCGCUUAUCCACGGACCGGCUCUGCUUCUACUCCGGCUCCAUCGUCAACCACACGGAUUCUCUGGCAUCCGUGAGCACCUGCGGCGGCCUGACUGGGCUUAUUCAGAUCGGGGAGGACAGCCUGUUCAUUCAGCCGGUGGAUGAAAAUGACCCAUCACAGUCCUUCUCCGGACGCAAACACCGGCUGUUGCGACAGCGACGCUCCACCAAGACCACCUCCGCUCCAGAUGCUGACCAGCCCAACUACUGUGGGACUGUACAAGGGAAGAAGAAGGAGAAGAUGUCAAAAGCGGGUGAGGAGGGUCGCGGGAAGAGAAAUGCCAUUCGCCUGCAUGAAGCAUACACUGUGGAGACAGUGGUGGUGGCAGACUCUGAUAUGGUGCAGUACCAUGGCGCAGAGGCAGCGCAGAGGUUCCUACUGACUGUCAUGAAUAUGGUCUACAACAUGUUCCACCACCAGAGUCUGGGAAUCAGGAUCAACAUUCGUGUCACCAAGCUGGUGUUGCUUCACAACCGUCCAGAAAAGCUAAAGGUGGGCCAUCAUGGAGAGAGGUCUCUGGAGAGCUUCUGUCAGUGGCAGUAUCAAGAGUUUGGGGGGCCGCGGUACCUUGGCACCAACCACGUUCCUGGUGGAAGGGAUGACAUCCCACCAGUGGAUACUGCUGUGCUGGUCACCAGAUCCUAUCCUGUCUCCUCUUGCUGUGAGGAGAGGGAGGAGGGCGCGGAUAAAAAACAAUACAUUUUGUUAUUUAUGAAACUCACUGUCAUGUCAUGUCACUGUGUUACAGGUAUUGCUUAUCUGGGUGGUGUCUGCAGUGCCAAGAGGAAGUGUGUGUUAGCGGAGGACAAUGGACUCAAUCUGGCCUUCACCAUCGCUCACGAGCUGGGACACAACAUGGGAAUGAGCCAUGAUGACGACCACGCCACCUGCACUGGUCAUUCUCACAUCAUGUCUGGUGAGUGGGUAAAGGGAAGAAACCCCAGCGACCUGUCAUGGUCCUCCUGCAGCCGCGAUGACCUGGAGAACUUCCUAAGGUCCAAAGCCAGUGCCUGCCUGCUGCACACAGACCCCAGGAGCCGGUACCAGGUCCGGCUUCCUCCCAAGCUGCCAGGCAUGCACUACAGUGUGGAUGAACAGUGCCAGAUCCUGUUUGGAACCAAUGCCACUUUCUGCAAUGACAUGGAGCACCUGAUGUGUGCUGGCCUGUGGUGUUUGGUAGAGGGAGAUGCGUCCUGCAAGACAAAACUGGAUCCUCCUCUGGAUGGAACAGAGUGUGGAGCAGACAAGUGGUGCAGGGCAGGCGAGUGUGUCAGUAAGACUCCCAUCCCUCAGCAUGUGGACGGAGACUGGAGUCCAUGGAGCCAGUGGAGCAUGUGCAGCAGGACCUGCGGUACUGGAGUCCAGUUCAGACAGAGGAAAUGUGACAACCCUCCGCCUGGUCCUGGUGGGAGACACUGUCAGAAGGCCAGUGUGGAGCACAAGGCCUGUGAAGGUCCUCCCUGUCCCAAGGGGGCACCCAGCUUCAGAGACCUGCAGUGUUUGUCCUACGACCGACAUGCCAGCAAGAAAAAGGGCAGCAUGCUGACUGCUAUCAUUAAUGACGAGAAGCAGUGUGUGUUGUUUUGCAGCCCGGUGGGUCGAGAUAUCCCAGUCCUGAUGGCUGACAGAGUGAUGGAUGGGACGCCCUGUGGACCAUACGAGGCUGACCUGUGUGUUAAUGGGAGGUGUCAGCUCAGAGAAUGUAUUGGCUACAUCGAGGCUGUGGUUAUCCCCGCGGGAGCCAGGAGGAUCAAAGUUGUGGAGGACAAACCCUCACAUAGCUUUCUGGCCCUGAAAGACUCUGGUGAGAGGUCCAUCAACAGCGACUGGAAGAUCGAGCUUCCAGGAGAGUUUGAGCUGGCCGGGACCACAGUGCGCUACGUCAGAAGGGGAUUGUGGGAGAAGAUGUCUGCCAAGGGACCCACUAAGACCCCCUUACACCUCAUGGCAGGUGAGAGGAGGACGGUGGUUUCCUGUAUGAGGAUAGCCAAUAAAACUAUGGAGGUGGUCAACAGUAGCUACUGUCAACCGGAGAACCGACCACACCCCCAAGUACGACCCUGCAACUCUCACCCCUGCCAGUACCGGUGGGUGACAGGAGAGUGGGGAUCCUGCUCCGUCACAUGUGGUAAAGGUCUACAACAGAGGGAGGUGGUUUGUGUUUACCACCUACAGAACGGCUCACUCAUCCACACAAGGGACCUGUACUGCCAAGGAGGAAAACCUCCUCCUCUGCAGGGCUGCGAGGGCCGCCUCUGCCUUACUGUGUGGGAAGCUUCAGAGUGGUCCAAAUGUUCAUCAGACUGUGGUCAAGGUGUUCGAGGAAGGACAGUGACGUGUACAAACCCUCAAGGUCUUUGUGAUCCUCUGUCCCAGCCCACUCAGGAGGAGCCCUGUGAGGACCACUCCAAAUGUUACGAGUGGAAGACUGGAGACUGGUCCAAGUGCUCGUCAUCCUGCGGGAAGGGCCUGCAGUCGCGAGUGGUCCAGUGUAUGCACAAAGUAACUGGUCGUCACGGCAAUGACUGCCCAGUGACGCUGAGACCACCGACCUACCGACCCUGUCACCAUGGCACCUGCAACGAGAAAAUCAAUGUGAACACCAUCACCUCCCCCAGGCUAGCUGCUCUGACCUACAAAUGCAUGGGGGACCAGUGGACAGUGUACUGUCGCGUGAUCCGAGAGAAGAACCUCUGUCAGGACAUGAGAUGGUACCAGCGCUGCUGUGAAACCUGUAGAGACUUUUAUGCCAAGAAAAUACUGCACAAGAGCUAAUGACCAAAUGCACCUACUUUCCUCCAAAUAGCGCUCCUUUUUGUAAAUGUUUUUUAAUAUUGUUAAAUGUUAUAAGAAAACAAUUUCUAUUAUUGAUGGAACUUUUUUGUAUUUAAGUAAGAAAAUGGCAAGUACAUGUUAAGUGUACAUUUUAAAUGGGCUCAUAAGCUUCUUGUUUUGAUGAAGACUUGAAAAUGUCCAAUAUUUCUUUUGCUGUACACCAAAAAAAAAAGAAAAAAACUGGGGGAGCCUUUAGAACGCCAUUCAAGGCGGCUUUAUUGCACAGAAUGAUUGAAAAUAAGUGCUUGAUUUUGAAGUAGACUUUCUGGCAGGUCUAUCAGAUGACAUGGGAUUAUGAGUCAGCCAGAGCUUUCCCUCUUCCUUAAUUAUGCUCUCCUUUGUAUCUUUUACUCGGUUGUACUGUAUUAUAGCUAACUGUUGCAAUUUCAAAUAACUAGUAAAUAGGUUUAUACAUAAGUAAAAUGAUGAUACUUAAGUAUUAAUUAAGUAUACUGUAAUAUUGUGUAAGUAUUGAUCAGGAGCCAUGGUAAAAUACUGUAGGUUUACAGUGAAUCGACCAAGCUAAUGAUAGGAGACCCACUGAUCCACAGCUCUGUUUGAGGGCCUUGGAUAGCUCAUGUAGCAGAAAAUGGUGGAAGCAGAAACAUACACUCCAAGGGUACAUUGGGUUU